AUCUGUUGGUAAAGACUUGUCCACAACUUGCCUCUUCCCAUCACUGAGUUCACAAUUCGUCCCACCUUUCCAACAUGACGGAAGAUGUUGCCCCAGCUCCCCAGCAGGGGGACCCAGCUGCUGCAGCGCCCAGCCCCAGCAACGGCCCUGGGGAGCCCAUGGAUGUGGAGUGUCCCAUCUGCUACCAGGAGUACAACCAGUACAACAAAUGCCCGCGGAUGCUGGAGUGCCUCCAUGUUUUUUGCACCGAAUGCCUCCAGAGGAUCCAGCUCUGCCCCUGCGAGCCCCCUGACACCCACAGCCCACCAGCCAUCCCCUGCCCCCUCUGUCGCCACUUAACCCCACUGGAGGCCGGGGACGCCCUCACCUUACCCUGCAACUCCCGCAUCCUGGCCAGGCUGCCCCCCAUGGCCUUCCGCCUGCCUGUGACCACCCGUCUGUCCGCGGUCACCCAGGGAGUGGUGCUGUCCCUAGAGGGCAGCAGCAGGGACACACGCUUCAUCAUCCUGCCCACCGUCAGCUUGCGGGUGCAGCAGAUGCACCCAGACAGGUCGUACGGCACUGCGCCAGGACUGGUGGGGGAGGAGGAAGUCAUCCAGCAGAGCAAGGGGACGCUGCUCUGCGUGCAGCUUCUGGCAGUCAUCUUCUGGGUGCUGUUUGUGAUCAUCUGCGUGGUCGGAGUAGUGUUCGGACCACAUUUCUUCAACAGGAAUCUUUAAUGCAGAACAGGAUUUAUCUCCUCUUUAUGGCACUCUUUGUAUAAAAUCAUGAUAUACUCUGCAGGAAAACACUAUAACAAAAAAAAAAAAGAAGCCAGACAUACAGUUUUAUAGAAUAUAAAACACAUUUUUUAAAAAUCAUGUUUUCAUGAAAGUACUUCUGACUAAUGUAGCUGAUAUUUACCCACUAGUUAAGUUUAAUUCUGCUUUUAUAUGUAAUGGAAUAACACAACUGUCCUCACUGUGCUGCAUAUUUACUGCUAUUUCAUCAGCUGUACGCUGAUGAAGAGGUCCCUCUAGUGGUUUGUUUUGAAACAGGUGAACUGUACUCAGAUUUGUAAUUUUUAUAACUGUUUAGAGUUGUCCUUGAGGUUUCAUUUAUCAUUAGUGUGUAUGUUGUUUGUCUCAAUGCCAGC